UGUGCUUUUUGCAGGGCAGGAAUCAAUUCCUCUGCUGCACAGACUGCCUGUGCUGAUGGCAUUUGUGCUGGCCGCUGUAGUCUUGGCACUGGGGAUUUUCCUGCUCCCCCUGUUCAUCAGGCAAAAGUGCAACAGAUCAGACACCUCUGAGAUCAACAGCAGUAUCCCCCUCCAGAAGUGUCGCAGAGGUGCCAGUAAUCUGAGCACACUGAUCCUUGUGGAGGAAUUGCUGGAUGCUCUGAAGAGGCUUCAAAGGGCAGAGAUAGAGGCAGAGCAGAUGGAGGAUGAAUCAGCUGACAGGCACGAUGCAGGGCGUCUGGGCGAGUACCAGAAACUGGCUUCCUCCCUCUGCCACUCCUGCAAUGCUGGGAAGGAACUAUGUAACGAGGGCAAGAACCGCUACAAGAGCAUCAUUCCGUACGAUCACUGCCGUGUGGUGCUGCAGCCCUCUGACACAGGGAAUGACUACAUCAAUGCCAGCUACGUGGAUAGCUACCGGAGCCCGCGCUUCUUCAUUGCUGCUCAAGGCCCUUUGCCUGGGACAGUGGUGGAUUUCUGGCAGAUGGUCUGGCAGGAGAAGACUUCAGUCAUUGUGAUGCUGACAGGCUUGGUGGAGCACAACAAGAUCAAGUGCGAGCAGUACUGGCCAGAGCAGCAGCAAGUAUAUGGGGACUUCACUGUAACACUCAACAACACCAGGACCACCAUGGGUAUUGUUACACGUGUCUUCUGCCUGCAGAAGGCAGGAUACGCUCUCCCAAGAACAGUGGAGCAGUUUCACUACAUGCAGUGGCCAGACCAUGAGGUGCCCAGGAACCCUGCCCAGCUGCUGUGCCUAGUGGAAAUGGCGAACAAGAGUGGAUCAGAAUCUCCUGCGGGUCCUGUGCUGGUGCACUGCAGUGCAGGGAUCGGGCGAACAGGAACCUUCAUUGCCCUGGACUUCCUCCUGAAGAUGGCAAAGGCUGAGGGAAAGGUGGAUGUGUUCCACUGUGUGCAGAAGCUGCGGGAGCAGAGGAUAUGUAUGGUGCAGACCAAGGAGCAGUAUGCCUUUUUGUAUGAGGUACUGCUAGAAGGCUUGCUCUGUGGCUGUACUGGGGUGCCAGUGGAGAGAGUUGCCAGUCACAUCAGCUGCCUCCAAGAAGCUGAGAUCCAGAGCCAGAACAACGUCUUGGAGAAAGAGUUCAAGGCAGUGCAGAAAUUUUCUGAGUUGUUCCAGCUCCUGCCGUGCAGAGAAGCGGAGAAACCCAGCAAUCAGCCCAAGAACCGCAAGCCAGGGAUCCUGCCAGCGGACUCCUUCCGGCCCAUCCUGAUGUCCUCGCUGAAUGCAGACGGUUCGCCGGGCUACAUCAACGCCGUGUUUGCCAAUACAUACAGCAAGGAGGACAGGCUGAUCAUCACCCAGCUGCCCUUCUCCAGCACACUGGUGGAUUUCUGGGCUCUGGUCUGGGAUUACACCUGCACCUCGGUGGUUGUGCUGAACCAGCUCCAGGAGCUGGACAAGACAUAUGUGGAGAUCUGGCCCACCCAGGGCAAAGCCAUCCAUGGCCAUUUUCACAUCCAGUGGAUCUCUGAGGAGGCUGGAGCUGGUUUCACAGUCCGGACACUUGCACUCACCAAUAGGCAGCAGCCCAAGAAAUCUGCAAUGAAAGUCCAUUUCUGGCAGCUGGAGGACUGGCCCAUGCAGCACCGUCUUCCCCCACAUCCCACCACCAUCAUCAGCCUGCUAGGGAAGGUGGAGACACACCAGCGGCAGAGCCAGGAUGGACACAUCCUCAUCACUUGCUGGGAUGGUGCCAGCCGGAGUGGGAUCUUCUGUGCUGCCAGCUUCCUGUGUGAGCAGAUCCAAAGUGAGGGGCUGGUUGAUGUAUCUCAGGCUGUGAGGAUGCUGAAGAGGCGGCGGAGGCAGCUGAUUAAAGAUGUGGAGCAGUAUGGGCUGUGCUAUAAACUAGCCCUCAGUUACUUGAAUUCAUUUGAAACCUACGGCAAUUUCAAGUAAGAGACGUGGUCACAGCCCACCUCUGACCAGGACUUCAACCUUCUUGUGGAAGCAAUGGAAACCAGAGGAGAUGUGCACAGCCUCAGGAUCACAAAAUCAUUAAAAUUGGAAAGACCACUGAAAUCACCUAGUCCAACCAUGCUUUACUCCUCCCAUAAGCCACCCUAAGGGCCAUCUGCAGCUAGACAACAACAGGCUGGACCAUCUCCAAAUUGUAGACAGAAUUUCAAACAUGAACAUGGCUCUUUGCCCAGAGUUUUGGCAGGACUUUACUUGGCACCACAACAUGAGUACGCUAAGCAGAGGAUAGGCACCAGGCCUUGAUGUGUACAGGCCAAGGAUGCAAAGAACUAACUUUCCCACCCAGUCUCCCCUUCAGACAUCCUCAGUGAAAGUGGGGUAGCUGCACUAAUGCCCCAGUUGUGCUCCAUCAGGAGCACCAAACUACCAUGAGAUCUCCUGCAGGGCUGGAGCACAGGCCAUCUGUCCUGCUUUGGGGGAAGCAGCAAGCUUGUGCCCAAGAAGAGCCAGGGAAGGGAUAAUCCACAGCCCCACAGUGAUGACCUAUUCCUUCCCACACCACUCAGUCCAUUCCUGCUGCUGCAUCUUCCCGAUGCUGGUCCUCCAGGUGCCACAGCCCUGACAGUGCCAGAGAGGCUCCCUUACAAACCUGCCUGCCCCACCGUGGAAAUCCAAAUUGAAUGUCCAUACUUUGAACGUUGCCCAGGAGAGGCUGCUGCACCACACUGUAGAAUGUCUGUCUGGACUCACCCCAUAGCUCUAUCUGUGUAUCACCAAUAAAGGCUCUGUGAUGGC